AUGGGCUGCCAGAUCGGUGUAGUCUCUAGCACACCGAAUGAGCCACCAGACUCAGCAAACAAUAGUCGGCGGAUCUACGAGCAAUCAUUACACAAGCUUCAAACUGCUAUUGAUGGACUGAGGCUGAAAAAGCCAGAUUUUCUUGACCUGGGCGGGGAUAUGACCCUUGCCCUUUCAAAUGCGAAUGUCAAUCCUUUCAGCGAGCCUGAAAGGUUUCAAGAGGUUGUUGAAAGUGCCAUGCAAGGAAUUGACAAGAAAAGAAAUACUUUUCAGUCCAUGUUCGCUUCUAGUCUAGCCAGAAUUGCUCCCAUUGCUGGCAUUGCUCUUGGUAUCACUGGUUCCGCUGGAGAUGCGGCUGGUAUUGGACCUUUGGGGCAUGUGGCUACCGGGCUUGGAGCUGUUCUUGCUUACGCGAUUCAGGAAAAAGAAAGGGGCGAGGAUAUAGUCAAUCAGCUCAACAAUCUCUCGUAUAGUCGGCGAUACGUGGAGAAAAUAAUCAAAGUCAAGAAAUGUCCGGACAAAGAUCUUGUCGAUGCGUGCUUCCAACUGUUGGCUACGCUGAACAAUUUUCUCCGGACAAGCCUACAGUAUUUGGCCAGAUCUUUGAUGUAUAAUCUGCUGAGAGGUCUUGUUGGCGGCGGGGCAAUCGAUGAAUGUAGAACUGCACUCAAAGAUGCGCUCGCGAAAUUUGAUCUAGUAUUACAGAGAACGGCCAACUUAAUCAUCCUCGAAACGGGUGAAAGAUAUGAACAGCAAGAAUUACUCAAGUGGUUCAGUCAGUUGAGCUUCAAGGAAAUCCAAGCUAAGCAUCGAAGUGAAAGAUGUGACGGUACCGGAGAAUGGUUCUUGGAGUCCGAUGAAGUCCAGCAGUUUAUGGAAGGGAAGCUUCGGUGGCUAUGGUGCACAGGCCGCGCUGGCGUUGGCAAAACGAUUCUUAUGUCAUCACUGGUGGGAAACUUGGAACACCAAAUUCGAGAUAACCGUGACGCUGGAAAGAAACUUCUAUCCUACGUUUUCUGUGAUAUCAAUGACCAGCAGAGACAAGAUGCUGAGGCCCUCUUUGGAUCCAUUGCCUGCCAAGUUGUGGAGGGCAGGCUCGGCGACCUUUACCAACCUGCUCUGUCAUUUCGGGAGACACAUCAAGGGAGUCCACCUAAGUUGACAGAUUUCAUGGAUUUUAUCGAACAGAGCGUUCCAGAAGAGUUUCAAUUGUUGAUAUUAGUUGAUGCUCUUGAUGAACUUUCGGAUAUGGAACAAUUUGUCGAAUCGCUGAAUGGUCUUCUCGGCCGAAUGUCUAACAAACUGAGCAUUGUAACAACCAUGCGCCCAGAGAGUUGUCUCCGACACGGCCUAAGAAGGGGAUAUGAUAGGUCUCUUGAGAUCAAAACACCUAUCACGGAUCUGACGGCUUAUGUCAAAGGUCGGAUAAGUAGGAAGAAACCCAUACUAUUUGACAUGGAUUACCAAACUGAACAAACAAUUAUCGACACAAUUGUGGACAAGGCUGAUAACAGGUUCAUCUUAGGUCGCCUGCAACUUGACAGUCUCUAUUGUCUGCGACCAGGCAGCAAGGGGGAUUUGGAUCACGAGCUGUCGAAUUUGAGUUUGAAACUUGAUGAGUUUUACGAGAAAUCUCUCACAAUUAUCAACAAGGACAAAGAUGUCCUCCGUCUGCUUUCGUGGUUGCUAGUUGUCCCGAAGCCACUUGACUUUGCCGACCUCGAGGAGUGGGAAAGGAUACACCCAACACAAAGACGAGGACCGCUCUCCAUCCAAGAAUUACGCCAUGCUCUUGCCAUCCGGUGCGGAAGAACGACAACGUUGCGGAUAUUGCAAGAGCAUAUGCUGCGGAUCAGAUAUAUUGUGGGUUUGUCUGGUGGAUUGUGCACGCUCGAUCAAAACGGCGGUACUAUCACAUUCACGCAUCCAACCGUCCAGGAGUAUCUCAUCGGGAAAAAGCCAGACUUAUUUCCAAAUCUUGAAGCGGACCGUUGCAGAGCAUGCUUAGCCUACCUGAGCUUAGACGAAUUUAAGGCUGGAGCAUGUACAAGCAGGGCUGAAUGGGACGCACGAUUGGAAUCUUUCCCCUUCCUCGAAUAUGCUGCGCGUAAUUGGUGCGAAAUUAGGGGGCUCACAUCGACUUGGGAGCAGGUAAACAACGAAAUUGAAGAUGAUAUUGUAGGCGUGCUGUCUCAUGAAGGACUUGUGGCGAACUUGGCACAAGUGAAUGCGUAUAGCAGGGGAUGGAUGACCGGAACAAACACAUACAUUCCCCGCACUACCGGGUUGAUUGUCGCCAUGGAGUUCAAUCUUUUGGGCGUUAUGAAAAGGUUGUGCGCCUCGGGAGUUGACGUCAAUGUGCAUUCUGAGACUGGACAAACAGCACUGGACCUCGCUGUCACGGCAGAACCCCCUUAUGUCGAGCUGCUUCUGCAGCACGGCGCAAAAGUAACCGACGAAACUGGUCGUAGUGCACUACGAAUUGUCGAAGGACUUCCUCGCCGUCGUCUGAACGGGGGUGAUAGGAUUGUCAAUAUGCUGCUCGAAGCUGAUCCGACCUUGCAGCGAACACGGGUCUGA